AAGAACAGCAAGUGGAAUUUUCUUAGUCACCACUUCAUCAAAUUAUAUAAAAGAAGCACCCAUGAUUAGUUCAUCCACCUAAAGUGGAAAAUUGGAUCUGGAGAAGGAGAAGGCUAAAUCCAAAAUCCGAUCUAGAGUUUCACUUUUAUUUCUUCUUCUUCUUCUGCCAUUUUUUUUUUCCGGCAAGAGUUUCUUUCUUUUUGACAAACAAUCAAUCCCGUUCCUUCCCUGUAUAAAGAGGGCCGCAAGAAAGUAUAAAUGUAAAAUGACCUGACAGUCCCUCACUCGAUGACAUGGCACAUUCCCAUUAGUCAAGAUUAAAACCCAAAAAUAAACUCCAAGUACCCUUUCAUUAACUGGAAAAAGGAGGAAAGAUGGCGCGAAAGAUUUCCAUAGUUAGUUAGAAAUCCCUGAACUAUAGCAGAGCCUUAUAUCAUCAGAUGAUUCCCGCUCUCCUUCUUUCUUGCUUCCUUAAUUUCCUACCUAAAAACCUCAAGAAAAAGAAGAGGGGGAUUUAUCUCUCAAAACAACAGCAAUUUAGGCUGUUCAUUUUCAAAUCAAAUCUCAGUAUAGGUAUAGAGAGAAGCAAAUUAAUUAAUGAAUAAUUAGCUGCGGAUGAUUCGUAAAAGGUUCCUAGAGUAAUAGAGUACUAAAAACUAAGCUGGAUCAGAUUAAUGUUUUUCAGUUAUGGACUUGGAACAUGGAAGCGGAAGCAGCAAGCAUUCGGAAUCACAUCCAGAGGUUAGUGAUGGGAGCGGAACCAGUGAUCAUGAAGAUACAUAUCCAAAGCUUCGUGUUCGGGUUGGGAGUAGUGACAAUCUUCAGAGAGACCCAGAGAAAAUUGACGGGACCGAAAGCAGUAAAAAUUCAGAAUCAAAUCCUGAGUUUAUUAAUGGAAGUGUUAGUAGUAAACAAAGAGAGUCAAAACUGGAAUUUACUGCUACAGAAGGGGAUCUUUACAUGCCAUUUGUAAAGUCAGGUCCUUCCUCUUCCUCGCCUUCCUCUGCUUCUUCUCUGAGUUCUUCUAGCUCAUCAUUGUAUGAUCUAUUUGAUGUGAUCGUAAAAGAAAGCGCUGACCCUGGAGCAUGCACUGAUUUUGAAUCACCCAACGAAGCUCACGAGAUUACUCAACCAGCAUCAGAAGAUCAUGAGAAUGAUACUUCCAUUGAAAAUUCUCACAAAUCAAAAGAAAGUGAGCGUGGCUCUUCAGAUCACACGCUAACAUUCCCAGUUUCUGAUGCCACUCAUGAAUCCCUGGUGCACAACAUGUCGCCAACACAAUCCCCUCCUCUCCAAGUCAUGGAACGACCAGGAGGAUAUGAUCCUUUUAGGAUUCCAUCAUCCAUCUUUGAAAGAAAUAAAGGUCCAGCACCAAUGGAUUGGAGUGUUGCUUCCAAUGAAUCAUUGUUUAGCAUUCACGUAGGAAACAAUAGUUUCUCCAGAGACCAUGUUUUAUUGUUGGGCGAUCUGGGAUUGUCUGGAGACAUUAAACAGUCAGGUGAAUUGAUCAUGUUCAGCCCACCCCCUCCAAAAGCAAUGGUGGCCACUGAUAAUCAGUCUUCAGAUCCUGCCUUGGAAACCUACAAACAGAAGGGUGGAGCAAAUGGAAUAUCAGAUAAUACUAUCAAGGAUCCCGCAGAAUAUCAAACUAAGGAAAAUAAACCAAACCAAGCUGUAUCCUGGAAAUCUCCUAGAACUUCCAACUUUUCAUAUGAAAGUGGAGACAGUGUCGAGUCCUUUUCUUUUCCAAUAAGAAAGAAGAAAUAUGCAUGGCCAUUUUGCUACUUUUCUAGUUGUAGCUGGGCGCUCUGCUACUGUAAACGGCCAAGGUGCUACUUUAGGUGGCCAAGCUGCUCGUGUUCUUAUUGUAGCUGGGCGUUCUGCUACUAUUGGAACUGUGGCCGAAAAGGAUGGUGUUGUCAUAAAUAUUCUGCUUUGGCAAAUGGGAUGAGAAAUGGUUCCCUGAAAGCAGGUAUUGAGCAGCGGCAGCAGCAUCUGGAGUCACCGUCUGCCCCAGUGAGUCAAGAAUCGGCUUCCUAUCAUUGGUGUCAUUGCUUUUCAUGUUGCUCACGGGGUUGUUCUUUCAAUUGCUGUUGUUCCUGUCGAAAAAUCAAGUGUUGCUGUUAGAACUGGCUCCUUACUCAUAUGAUGGAAGAGUGCAUCUCAGCUCCUAAGGCGCUUCCUGUUUAAAAUGCAAGCCUGAGCUGUCCUUAAUUAAGUUUCUGGUGAUUAAGUUAAAAUUGGGACAUUGACGGUGGUUGCUACUUAAUCAUCACGAGGCCUCUUGAAAAUGCAAUUGUUGUCCAUGUGCGUUGUUCUUGGUGUGACUACAAGGAAACUGGUUCUUUUCAAGACAGGAAAAAAGGAAGGCGCUGAGGAAUGGUAAGGGGAACCUCUAAUCCUUUACCUGCAUGAUGUUUCCUCCUGGAAUUUCAGGAUGAUUCCUCCCUGAAUCGGAGCUAGUUUAUAACUAACUCUAUCUAUUUUGCGUCUAUAUUGCUGUAAAUUAACCUUUAAUUUAAUAGCCCUCUAGUGCUAUUAGACAUUGUUUUCAAGCAUAUGCGGUAUUUUUUUUUAUUAUUAUUAUUAUUUGGAUUCUGCUGA